CAGGCAGCACAUACCAAGGGGCUCCUCUCUCCCCAGAGGUGCAGGCAGUGAGAGCCGUGGCAUUCACCAUGCUGGCCCCGGGCAGUGGCCCUGAGCAGAGGACCAGGCUAGCCCUGCAGUGGAGGCAGAUCUCCUGGAUCACCUGCUGGGUCACCCUGUAUGCUGUGGAGGCCCUCCCUGCCUGUCCUUUCUCCUGUAAGUGCGACAGCCGCAGCCUGGAAGUGGACUGCAGUGGCCUAGGCCUCACCAUGGUGCCCCCGGACCUGCCCGCUGCCACCCGAACGCUCUUGCUCUUGAACAAUAAGCUGAGUGCCCUGCCAAGCUGGGCGUUCGCUAAUCUGUCCAGCCUGCAGCGGUUGGACCUAUCCAACAACUUCCUGGACCAGCUGCCCCGCUCCAUUUUUGGGGACCUGGCAAAUCUGACGGAGCUGCAGCUGCGCAACAACAGCAUCAGGACCCUGGACAGGGACCUGCUGCAGCACUGCCCCCUGCUCCGCCAUCUGGACCUGUCCGUCAACGGCCUGGCCCAGCUGCCCCCCGGCCUCUUCGACGGACUCCCGGCUCUGCGCUCCCUAUCACUUUGCUCCAACCGCCUACAGAACCUGGACCGGCUGACAUUUGAACCCCUAGCGAGCCUGCAGCUGCUGCAGGUGGGAGACAACCCCUGGGAGUGUGACUGUAACCUGCGUGAUUUCAAGCACUGGAUGGAGUGGUUCUCCUACCGAGGGGGGCGCCUGGACCAGCUUGCCUGCACCCUACCCAAGGAGCUGAGGGGGAAAGACAUGCGUGUGGUCCCCAUGGAGAUGUUCAACUACUGCUCCCAGUUGGAGGAGGAGAACAUCUCAGCUGGGCUGGAUAUUCCUGGGCCACCCUGCACCAAGGCCAGCCCAGAACCUGCUAAGCCCAAGCCAGGGGCCGAGCCAGAGCCAGAGCCCAGCACAGCCUGCCCCCAGAAGCAGAGGUACCGGCCAGCAAGUGUGCGGCGGGCCAUCGGUACAGUAAUCAUCGCGGGGGUCGUCUGCGGCAUCGUCUGCAUCAUGAUGGUGGUGGCUGCCGCCUAUGGCUGCAUCUACGCCUCUCUCAUGGCCAAGUACCACAGGGAGCUCAAAAAGCGCCAGCCCCUAAUGGGGGACCCGGAGGGCGAGCACGAAGACCAGAAGCAGAUCUCUUCUGUGGCGUGAGAGCCCAGCCCCGCCUGGCCCAGGGACACAGCCUGAGGCCUUGAAGCUGCAGCAUGUGCGGAUGGCACCCUCUCGAGAACCCAGCCACCGACCACUGGGCGUUUCCUCUGUGCUGCCAGAGGACACUGUCACUGCCAGGCCCUCGGGGACAACCACCAAUUUCACUCCUAUAGCCUGCAGCCCAAGAACCGUUGCUCUGCACCUCUCACCCCUCCAUCUUCAGCAUCUCCGGGCCUGUGACCCUGGGGCGGGGACUCACUCAUGCUCUGUGAUAGGUGGCAUCUUGGGAAAGCAGGUGGCACUUGCUGAAGCUCACUGUCUGCCAACAUAUCCCAAACAGACCCCAGGAGCAGGGAAAGGACUGCUGCACUUACUCAGAGGCUUCUGAGGGAUGGGGGGCCCUUUCCUAGGGUUUUGUCUGCUCAGUCUGGCUUCCCAGGGUUUCUAAUUGCACCUGGACUGGGGUCCAAACCAGAGCAUGGGCCAGGGUCCUGUGUGUUCUUUACCUGUAACCUACACCAAAGGGACAGAGCACCUGCUUGCAGGGCUGUGGGG